GUGUGGGUGGAUGCCGGCACACAGAUCUUUUUCUCGUAUGCGAUCUGCUUGGGGUGCUUGACAGCCCUGGGAAGUUACAACAACUAUAACAAUAACUGCUACAGAGACUGCGUCAUGCUCUGCUGCUUGAACAGUGGCACAAGCUUUGUUGCUGGUUUUGCUAUCUUUUCAGUUCUUGGAUUUAUGGCUUAUGAACAAGGCGUGCCCAUUGCAGAAGUUGCAGAAUCGGGACCAGGACUUGCAUUCAUUGCUUACCCUAAAGCUGUCACCAUGAUGCCUCUUUCUCCUCUGUGGGCAACUCUGUUCUUCAUGAUGCUCAUAUUCCUUGGAUUAGAUAGUCAGUUUGUGUGUGUUGAAAGCCUGGUGACGGCUGUUGUAGAUAUGUACCCAAAGAUUUUCCGAAGGGGCUACAGAAGAGAACUCUUGAUUCUCGGCCUUUCCAUUGUGUCGUACUUCAUCGGCCUAAUAAUGUUAACGGAGGGUGGGAUGUAUGUCUUUCAGUUAUUUGACUCGUAUGCAGCUAGUGGCAUGUGCCUUCUUUUUGUUGCCAUAUUUGAAUGUGUCUGCAUAGGCUGGGUUUAUGGCAGCAAUCGCUUUUAUGAUAACAUAGAAGAUAUGAUUGGGUACAAACCACUGUCGUUGAUUAAAUGGUGCUGGAUGGUCUUAACUCCAGGUAUUUGCGCAGGAAUCUUUAUCUUUUUCCUGGUGAAAUACAAACCUUUGAAAUACAACAAUGUAUAUAUAUACCCUGACUGGGGCUAUGGCAUCGGGUGGAUGAUGGCACUCUCUUCCAUGAUCUGUAUCCCUUUGUGGAUCUGCAUUAAGCUGUGGAAGACAGAAGGCACUUUCCUAGAGAAAUUCAGGAAGUUGAUUACACCUAGCUCAGAUCUGAAAAUGAGAGGGAAGCUUGGAGGAAGAGCCUGCAUUGCAGCAAUAAAUGACUGCGAUGCCAAACUGAAAGGAGACGGCACCAUUUCAACCAUUACAGAAAAGGAGACACAUUUCUGAAAGAACUAUCUUUUCUGGGUUUUGGUUUUGGUUUUUUUUUGUAUAAAUAAAUAAAUAAAUUCACUUAAUUAUAGAGGCUGGCUUGUUUUGCACAAGAUUUUAUUAACAGUUAAUUUUAAAGUGAAAAUUGUAUACUUGUUUAAAAGUGAUUUUUUUAAAUUACUAUGUAAGUAAUGAUUAUGUAAAAGAAAAAGAAAUAGUAUUAUAUGGUAUGAUAGUGAUGACUUCUUGUAAUGUGAUUUCAGUAAAUGUUUUUUUUAGAAGUUAAACGGACCUGUAUGAUGUGCUGUAAAACUUUUCUACUUUGGUUUCUGGCAGGUGUAAUGUUGUAUAGAUAUACGCAUUCUAAUCUGUAAGCAUUUCAGACCAUUUCAGCUUUUAAUGUAUGUAUAUAAAGGGGACCAG